GCCGAAGCAACAAAGUGGAAGGGAUGCAGAGAGUUGGCAGGGAUAAAUAAAUAGACGAGUUUAGCAGCCGGUUUUAUCAGGUUUUAUUGCAGACAUAUUGCCGGUGAUCGAGUCCUAAAAGGCGUCUCCUUCAUCUGUCUUAUAGAAUUUGUUGCGAGCAAACUCAACAUGCCUUCCUAUAAGUUGACUUACUUUCCUGUUAAGGCACUGGGUGAGCCAAUUCGCUUCCUGUUUAGCUAUGGUGGCACUGAAUUCAUUGAUGAUCGUUUUGACAGAGAGGAUUGGCCAAAAAUUAAGCCUACUACACCGUUUGGUCAAGUACCCGUACUUGAAUUAGAUGGAAAGAAGGUCGCUCAGUCUACAGCUAUCUCUCGUUAUCUAGCAAAACAAUAUGGUCUUGCUGGCAAGGAUGAUUGGGAGGCUUUAGAAAUUGAUUCUACCGUCGAUACUAUACAUGAUUUACGUGCCAAAAUCGCAGCUUAUCACUAUGAAAACAAUGAAACUGUUAAAGAGGAAAAACUCAAAGUUGCCAAGGAGCUUGUGCCGUACUAUCUGGAGCGUUUGGACGCUCAGGUACAGAAGAAUGAUGGUUAUUUUAUUGGCGGUGCUUUAACUUGGGCGGAUCUUACUUUUGUCGCUUUACUGGACUAUCUAAACUAUAUGAUGAAGGAAAAUAUAAUUGAGAAAUAUGAUAACCUGAAACAGCUGAAGCAAAAAGUCGAGGAGAUACCAGCUAUCAAGAGUUGGAUUGAGAAACGCCCGCCGAGCGAUAUGUAAUUUCAUUAAAUGAUUGAUUACGUGUCUCGCAAGUUAAA